UCUCUGUCUCUGUCUCUCUCACUCAAACCCAUUUUUCCUAAAACCCUCGUCUCUCUUCUUCAUAGCCAUGGCGAGGUUUCCUAUUUCUCCGGCGCCUAACCUCCUCUUGAGACUCUUCUCCUCAAACAAACGGUCUUCAUCUCCUACCGCCGCUCUUUUAACCGGAGAUUUCCAUCUGAUUCGUCAUUUCUCCGCCGGAACAGCUGCUCGUGCGGCCAAGGAUGAGAAAGAACCAUGGUGGAAAGAAUCGAUGGACAAGCUUCGCAACAUCGGGAUCUCAGCUCACAUAGACUCAGGGAAGACUACUUUGACUGAGCGUGUUCUUUUCUAUACGGGUCGGAUCCAUGAGAUCCACGAAGUUAGAGGUAGAGACGGCGUCGGAGCUAAAAUGGACUCCAUGGACUUAGAGCGAGAGAAAGGUAUCACCAUCCAAUCAGCCGCUACUUACUGUACUUGGAAGGAUUACAAGGUUAAUAUUAUUGAUACGCCUGGUCACGUUGACUUCACCAUUGAAGUGGAGAGGGCACUACGUGUACUAGACGGGGCGAUUUUGGUUCUGUGCAGUGUUGGUGGUGUACAGAGUCAGUCUAUUACAGUUGAUAGGCAAAUGAGGAGAUAUGAAGUCCCUAGAGUUGCGUUUAUCAAUAAGCUUGAUAGAAUGGGAGCAGAUCCAUGGAAAGUCUUGAACCAAGCAAGAGCUAAGCUCAGACAUCAUAGUGCAGCUGUGCAAGUGCCUAUUGGUUUAGAAGAAAAUUUCCAAGGUCUUAUAGACCUUAUUCAUGUGAAAGCUUAUUUCUACCACGGAUCCAGCGGUGAGAAUGUUGUGGCUGGUGAUAUUCCUGCUGAUAUGGAAGGUUUGGUCGCAGACAAGAGGCGAGAAUUGAUUGAGACAGUCUCUGAAGUUGAUGAUAUACUCGCAGAGAAAUUUCUAAACGAUGAGCCUGUAUCUGCUUCUGAGCUUGAGGAAGCUAUUCGUAGAGCUACCAUAGCGCAAAAGUUUGUUCCUGUAUUCAUGGGUAGUGCAUUCAAAAACAAGGGAGUACAACCUCUACUAGAUGGUGUUAUAAGUUAUCUCCCUUCUCCAAAUGAAGUCAAUAACUAUGCUCUUGACCAGACAAAUAAUGAAGAGAGGGUAACCUUGACUGGAUCUCCAGAUGGACCUCUUGUGGCGCUGGCUUUCAAACUAGAGGAGGGUCGUUUUGGUCAGCUGACAUAUUUGAGAGUCUAUGAAGGUGUGAUUAAGAAGGGUGAUUUUAUCAUAAAUGUCAAUACUGGAAAAAGAAUUAAGGUUCCUCGCUUGGUCCGUAUGCAUUCGAAUGAUAUGGAGGAUAUUCAAGAGGCACACGCUGGACAAAUCGUAGCUGUGUUUGGUGUUGAGUGUGCAUCAGGUGAUACAUUUACGGAUGGAUCAGUCAAGUACACAAUGACAUCGAUGAGUGUUCCUGAACCUGUUAUGUCAUUAGCUGUUCAACCGGUUUCAAAAGAUUCUGGGGGACAGUUUUCAAAAGCAUUGAAUCGAUUCCAGAAAGAGGAUCCUACUUUCCGAGUGGGAUUGGACCCCGAGAGUGGCCAGACCAUUAUUUCUGGUAUGGGGGAAUUGCAUUUGGACAUCUAUGUUGAACGCAUCCGCAGAGAAUAUAAGGUUGAUGCGACGGUGGGCAAACCCCGUGUCAAUUUUAGGGAAACUAUUACUCAGCGGGCUGAGUUCGAUUAUUUACACAAGAAGCAGAGUGGAGGAGCGGGUCAGUACGGUAGGGUUACAGGGUACGUGGAACCACUUCCACCGGGUUCUACAGAGAAGUUUGAAUUCGAAAACAUGAUUGUUGGGCAAGCAAUUCCGUCUGGUUUUAUCCCAGCAAUUGAGAAAGGUUUCAAAGAAGCUGCAAACUCGGGCUCGCUAAUUGGUCACCCUGUAGAAAAUCUCAGAAUAGUAUUGACAGAUGGAGCAGCACACGCGGUCGAUUCCAGUGAACUUGCGUUUAAAAUGGCUGCAAUAUAUGCAUUCAGACUGUGUUACACAGCAGCGAGACCGGUGAUUCUAGAGCCAGUAAUGUUAGUCGAGUUGAAAGUACCAACAGAGUUUCAGGGUACUGUCGCUGGUGACAUCAACAAGAGGAAAGGUAUAAUCGUUGGAAACGAUCAAGAGGGUGACGAUUCAGUAAUCACAGCCAAUGUGCCUUUGAACAACAUGUUUGGCUAUUCCACUUCUCUCCGGUCCAUGACACAAGGAAAAGGAGAAUUCACGAUGGAAUACAAAGAACAUAGUGCUGUGUCCAACGAAGUCCAGGCUCAGCUCGUCAAGGCUUACAGCGCCAGCAAAGCUACUGAAUAAUCAAGCGCUCGAUAGAUAGGUUUGUUUUUUUCAUAAUCUUGUUGAGAAGUCCCAACAUUAUUAUUUUAUACGGUUCAUAGAACCAACAAAAAAAAUCACUCAGCAUAAAUUUGCCUAAUAGGCUUUGUCAGAAGAAAAUCACUAUGUUUAUUGGGGCCAUUAGGUAGGUCAUAUUUUUUGUUAUCUCUAUGUUCCACCAGUCCCACUCAUCAUUUUGAUUAUUGUAAACAAUCAAAUAUUAUUCACUGUUUACUUACUA